AUUAACGUCUCGCUGCCGACACGCAACGCGCGUCCAUCGCGCGCUUCGCAUUUUCGCGCCAACGCCAAUUCGAAUUUCGAAUAAUUUCUUUUUAAUUUUAACAAUGUAAGCGUGGUUUGUUUUCAGCCAGUAUUUUCUGUGUUUAUUUUUUAUUUUGUGCCAGUAUUUUUGAGGUUAUUUAGUGCUGUGAAGUGUCGUGGUAUGAGUUUAAACAGGUGGUUGUGACGUUACUGAUAAUGUAACUAAACAUGAUAAAGAGUUACAGUCGCGGAAUUAACAAUAAAAGCCAAUUUCUACAAUGCCAACCUCCACGACAAAAGUAUAAUUUUCAUAGCAAAAAUAAAACGUCAGUAAAUCAAUGUCAAAACAGUGAAUAAUAAAAACAGUGAAUAAUUAUAACAGUGAUGCGACAAACGACAACGUGGAACCAAGUUUUACGAUAAAAAUCAGUGGCGCGGUAAACGACAAAUUUAUCAAUCUCAGUGAUGUGACAAUCGAUGUGAGAAUACCUCAGUGCUACUGAUAAAUGACAAAUUUGACAAUGCGAUAAAAUAUAAAUGACAAAUUUGACACAAGAGUACGGGAUGCGAGAGAAGAUAAAUGACAAAUGUAUGAUGGGAUAAUCGAGAAACGACAAAUUAAUAAAUAAUGUGGGAAUACCUUGCUGUGCUUCUCCUCGGAAUUUGGCUGGGGGUCGCUAUCUUCCUCUACGUUUCGUGCUACUGGCUUGAGGAGAUAUUGGAUCUCCCUGCAACCCGCGACGCAGCGCCAUCAGCCAGCAAUGCGCACGCGCAGCUCAAACGGCUGGUCGCCAGAGUGGUCGAGGAAGCUGCGGCGUUGCCAGCUCUCGCGCGCUAUGCUGCUGAACCUCAAGCCCCGCAUGACACCUAUGAAGAUUUGUUAGCUACUGCUAUACUUAAUAAGGUGAUCGAGCGCUACCAGACGGAGGGAUCCGGAGGCCGAAGCAGCGGGAUCCACUCAGCCAGUGCCAGCCCAUCACCAUCAGACCGCUCGUCUCCACGAUCCCUCAACUCCAGACACACUAGAGAAGUUAGCCCUCCGCUGCGCGAAGAAGAUGAUGUCUCCGAUUGGGAGGAAGGUGCCACAGAAGAAACAGUAGAGCUUCCGAGACGAGUGCCCUUCCCAGAUUUUAGCGAAGAAAUACAUCACACAGAAAAUGGCGACCGCGAUUUCGACGAAGUAUCUGGCAGCGAGAUACAAUCCAUCGAUGGCACGUGGGAGGAGAACUGGUUAUUCCAGAAAAAGAAGAUCAAAACACUACAGUCCGUUCCCGUUCCUAUGCUUGUUCCAAAUUCGAACGCGGAAUACAAAGCCAUGAUAGGCGACAGGGAUGCCGAUGACACUACCGAUCUAUCAGACAACGCAUCUGAUAACGAACCAGAAGAAAUAGACUACAAAAGUGACGUAAAAAGGGUACUAGAAUCCAAACAUGUCAUAGGAGGAGCACCUAGCAUUGAUGAACUUGACUUUGAACCUGAUAGUUUAACUAUUAUUGACGGUUCAGAUGAUUUUGAGAAGCUCGAUGAAGAGGAAUACAUGAAAAACAAAUUAGUGGAUGUUGUCAACAACGAAGUCAAGGGUUACAAAUUAAAUGGAGAAAAUAUAAACGGUAACGUCAAUGGUAAAUUAAAUGAUGGGUCGGUACUAAUAGUUGGUGUAGAUAGUGGUCCAUUGACAAAAGCAGAAUUCGCUUUAAAAGAAGAAAUACACAGGACAAUUUUGAACGGUAACGUCGACGCGUAUAUUGAAGAUCUGAAGACAAAAGAAAAUGACGAUGUUUUUACAAAUGGAAACAAGACUAAUAAUAAAAAUACAUUGAGCCGUCACGAACGAGAGAGAGAAGAUGAGGAGACAGUGACCCUCCCUGUGCAAAGAUAUGCCGACAGUCUUCGAAGAAAGCAUUUCGACGACGAACCACAGAUCCCAACGCGUGAUACUGAUCAUGAAGAUGACCUCAUACCAGGAUCUAUAGCCUACAGAGAGCGCAAGAAAUGGCUAAACUACGUGGAAAUGCCGAACAACCCGUACUCACCAGAGGCCAUCCAAAAACGACUCUCAUCCAAAAGCACUUCAUCUCUCUUCGACACUCUCACAUCCAAAUCGAAAAUCGAAGACAGCGUGGAUGAGGUAGAUGGAGAUGUUAAAGAUGAGAAGGAAAACAAAGAAGUGCCUGUACAGGAAUUGAAGCCAUCAUUGAGUGUCAGUUCUGAUGAUGUUCAUAUGAAUGGAAGUAGAUCGAAGAGUCCAUCGCCGAGGAUUCUAAAAGAUGUGUUGGCAGAGGAAAUACAACAAUACAAACGCUACGGCCGAGAUUAUUACGUGAGAGAGGCGAAAUCGAGCACGGGCAGCCGCAAGAAGGGCCUCAGUGAGACCAGCUCAUUGUCCCCCAUUAAUAAAUCCACCAGCCUCGACAAUGUGAAUGAGCUGACCUCGCCUGGAUUACUUAUAAAGCAAUUCAAUUCGAUUGCAUCCAACCAGCGAUACAAAACGCUCGCUGGCAACGAAGUAACUAUAAAACCGAUAGCUACUAAAGAUAUAAUGAUAGAAUAUGAAGACGCAAACGAACAGACACUAUUCUCCGCUAAACCAGUUUUGGUAGAUGAAGACGAAAAGAAAUUCGAAGAUUUGGUGCAAACAUACCAAGCACCUUUGAACGUGUCAAUAGUGAACAUAGUUGAAGAACCACAGAAAUCUCCGGGCAAUCUCAGCGCAGACCACUCUUAUUUAAGUUCAAGCAGUUUGGAGGACUCUAUCAAAAUAUACAACGUGCAAACCGGCGAGAUAGUGAAAUGUAAACCGGACGAUAAGUUAUCAGAGCCAAGAUAUGAAAGUGAUGGAAGUGACAACACUGAAACACAAGAUAAGAAAGACGAAGCCGUCAGUCUCAGUGAAAGCGACGUUGUGAUCGUUGAAGAUGAAAUAGACGAGGAAAAAUCGGAGAAUAUUAGUGAAAUAGAAGAUAUAUUGUCGCAGUUGCCUAAAGUGAAGGAAUUAGCCAAGAAGUUUGUGAGCAUGGAUAACUUGAACGAACCUAUUAAGCCCCCGCAACCAGCACCGCUGAAACGUCAAAAAAGCAAAGAUAACCUCCUCUCCGAAAAACAGCACAAACUAGUCUACAUGCACAGUCUAACGGCCCGAAGCAUCUCCAAAGAAUUCAGGGAGGAACUGAAACUCUCCAUGGCGACCCCGUUGAAGGUGCCUGGGGGGUCGAAUGAGAUCCCAGAGGGCACUGAAGACGUGACUAAGGAGUCUAGUCGACCUCCAAGCCCGAUGCCUGAACCAGGGACCAUUAAGACUAAGCUAGCGUUCUUUGAGAGUUUGAAAUCUAAGUUUAGCAGCAAAUAAUGGUUGAAAGCAGUAUUUAUGUGAGCUUUUUUGUGAUUGAAAAUUACUCUAAGAGAUGUUAAAAAAGUAGUGCCACGAAUGUGACAGCGUUGUAUGGUUUGUAGAUUAUGCACUAACUUUUGGUUGGUAAAUUUUGACCAUUCAUGGACACUCAAACUUGCAAAGCUGUCAAACUUGGAGCACAGUUUUUUAUACAAUCUGUUAUCUAUUUAUGAUUGCUCACUUUAGGCAAACUGCGAAUAUCGCAGUACAUUUUAAGAUCUGUUUAUUAUCAUCUGGAAAACCACGAUUCUUAUCAGUUGUCUUGCUAUAUAAUUUUUACAGCUAGAAUUUCUUGACAGACUAAAUGGUAUAGGUACAAUAGGAACCAUUCAGCUGUGUAAGUCUAAAAUCUAUAAUUUAUAUUUUUAUAAAUUUAGCAAAUCCUUCAUUUCUGUAUUUUCUUUAGCGAUUGCAGCGCCAUCUACAGCUGCAUUAGUUAUUUUGUGUUUAUAAAUUCAUUGCGAUUUUAAGAACCCAAAACCAAAAAAACUUACACUAUCGGAGAAUUCUAAAAAAAAUGUGAUGAAAGUCUUUUAGAAAUAUAACCAAAUAUAGUUUUGAUUGAGUUGUCUUCUAAGUGAUCCCAUGUAGUGUUUAUUUAGUAUGUUUAUAUAAACAAUAUUAAAUAACUAGUGUAGAAAAGGCAUGAUUUUCUGUACAUUUGCGUACAUUCCGGCAGUUAUGCUACACUUGUUUAUUUAUAAACAAAUCUGUAGUUAUUCUGCCAUUUUAUUUAUUUUAGAAUAGAACAUUGGGGCAAAACUUGAGUGAUUUUUUAAAUGAUUUUCUGAGUGUUUUAAAUUUAAAUGAUAUCAUUUCCUUCAUUUCUAAUUUAAGAAAGGAUUUAUAUUAGUAUUUUUUUUAGAUAUCUGAUCAUAUUAUUCAUUUAAAACACUUUAUUUGAGGAUGAUAUCAAAAUGACGUAUUUUAUAUCUAUGAGUGCAUAUCACACGAAUAAAAUAUUAGUAUAAUCAUAAUAUUUAAAAUAUGGUGCUGUAUAAAAAAAGAUAAAUUUUUCGUCU